AUGGAUGACAUAGCAAUAUCUUUAGAGAAAGAGUAUUGUCCGCCUCUAGAUCCCCCACUAUUCUACUCUUUCUUCUUGGAAUAUGCCGAUAAGGAGGUGUCGCUCAAUGGACUACGCGAUAAACUGGAUAUCGUGAAAGAAAUCACCCUGACCACGGACGAUGCGGCAUUUGACCCCUCGGGAACCAGUGGCUUUCAUGAUGAUACGACUUCACAUGAGUCGUCUGAGCGAGCGCAAUCAUGGCACGGAGACAUACUAUCCGAUUCUACAGUGGACACGGACCUUACAAGCGUAUCCCAGGCUUUGGAUUCGGUCAACUUCGGAGGUGAUACAGCAGAGAACAAGCAAGCAGAUGGAAUGGACUUAGACAAGGGACAAUAUGACGACUGGCUCGAAAGCUUGUCGCCUUCGGACAAAGCUAUGAAGUUGAAGGAUAUAGUUUGUGGGGCCAAGGAUUUCGAUAUAGGCUACAUCCUCCGGAAAAAUGGCAACAGCUAUCACAAGGCACUGGAUGAACUACUAACCCAGGCUCACCUUGAAGAAGAAGGCCUUAAAGAGAAGGGUAUCGAGGCUUUCACGGGACCUAUGAUGAGCAAUCGAGAGCGUAGAGCCUUGAAGGAGCGGGAAAAGAGGCAGAAGAGGGGAAAGAGGCAGCCAAUCCGCCGGACGAGCUCAACAUCUGCACUAGAGUCGACUCGCGACAAUUCCUUGUCCUCUAAUCAAUGGCUACGAGUAGAUGAUAGUGUCAAGUAUAUUCAUGAUCGGACACACAUCUCUGCUGAGUUCAUACGGUCUACCUAUCACAGCAGCGGUGCCACGCUCCCUUCCACGAUCGCCGCUCUCUGUGCCUCGAAAGAUCGAGAAGCCUUCUCAAACCCCUGUCUUCCAGGCGCACCGCUUUCCGAAAUCGAAGCACACGCUAAAGAGCUCUCCAUGGAGUUUCCCCCCGGGCUCCAAUAUCCCCAAGCCCUGGCUCUCAUCAAGCUGACGUACCCGUCUACUACCUCCGCUCGAGAGCUGGCACUUGCGCUCACAUCUUCGUCAAACGUCCCAUCGACCUCAACAAUAAUACCCCAGUAUAUCCUACGCCCUCCCUCUCCUCCCUCCACAUCUUCAUCUACGCCCUCGCUCCCAGGUUCCUACGUUCCCCUCUCCGACCCCAGAGCCGCGGCUCUCGCUUCAAUCCGCUCAAAUGCCCAAACACAAUCCCGAUCCGCCUUCCGAAAAUCGAAAUCCGACCGCCUCAUGGGCGCCGCAGCAUCCCACUACAGCUCCGUCGGUCGUGACGCCAACGCUGCUCUCCGCCAGAAUGUUGCAGCCCUUGCGGACGCACGAGUAUCCUCCCAGUCUAAGCCUGGAGAGGUAGACCUGCAUGGUUUGAACGUUAAAGACGCGGUGAGGGUUUCGAGGGACAGGGUUCAAACGUGGUGGGAGAGCGAAGGGAGAGAGUGGGCGAGGGCGGGGAAGGUUAUGAAUGGCGGUGGCUUGAGAAUCAUCACUGGAGUAGGCCGUCACAGCGCUGGAGGUAGGGCGGUGUUGGGACCGGCCGUGGGUAGGAUGUUGAAUGAUGAGGGGUGGAAGGUUCAAGUUGGGGAGGGGUUGGUGAAGGUUGUGGGCAGAGCGAGGAGGUGA